CCAGUCUCGCAGCGGUACUCGCGUGCGAAAUAAUAUGGCUCGGGAGUCGAACCUGGAAUAGACCUAGACAUAGUGCUCUCGCGAUACUAGACAGAAUCGACAGAGCAACGCGAGAAAAAAAAUAAAAGAUUAACAAAAAACAGUGCUUGCUAGAGAAAGCACUUGAAAAUUCGAAUCGAGUGCGCCUCCUCUCUUCUAUCUCCCUCUUUUUUUUUACUUUUUUAUCGUACGACCAAAAUCGUGGGUGCUGUGCAACAAUACUCAUAUCAAGUGGACUCGUGUCACUCCUGCUUGUCAUCAGAGUGAGAAAGUACGUCAGUGAGUUGAAGUGAUAUCUGAAAAUCCCUGUUUUUUUCCUAAUCCAACCACGUCGAUCGAGAGUUCAAAAGUGUCCGGAAAAGACGUUCGAAAAAGAUUUCCCGAUUAGCGGAUGCACCAACGUCGAAGUUGAAUUCUCGAACGCGAGUUCCAAGUGAUCCAAAUAAAAAACUUCGAUUUCCGCUGAUGCACCUUCGUUUUUUUCGUAAUCGGUUCUGUUACCACGUCUAUAGCUCGAGUUGCCCCGCCUCUGGUUUCUCGUCAUCUCGCCCCACCCGACCCGAUUUGUGACGACGGCUCAAAGUAAUUAGAGAAAUAAUGCACUCACAACAUAUGUAGUGAGAUUAGAGCAUUAGAGCGAUACUUGAGAUAGAUGGACGAGUUUUUCGACUGGAUAUAAAAUAACGGGAGCUGGUCCGCGAGCGGUGAGACUGCCAUUCGUCGCGAGAGGGAAUACCAAAUUACCAAGUAGAAACUGGUAGAAACGACUGCUUGACUUGAUCCGCCUGACUGUGACACACAAUACUGAGAGAAUCUCUUACCGAGAUUGGACACUGAGAGUGCAAAGUAAAUCUACACUACGAUCCAGUUGAUCGAGUGACUCGAUCAUUCUCAUUCUGACUAACCCAAGGAAAAGGAACAGGAAAAAACUGCUCUUGAAGCCCAAAAUGCACAUUGAGGUGCAGGUUGCGCUAAAUUUUGUGAUAUCGUACCUAUACAACAAACUACCAAGACGACGAGUGAAUAUCUUUGGUGAAGAAUUGGAGAAGGCGCUAAAGGAAAAAUUCAAAGGACACUGGUAUCCGGAAAGACCAUUCAAGGGUUCUGCCUUCAGAUGUCUCAAGACCGGAGAUCCAAUAGACCAAGUUUUGGAGAGAGCUGCGAAGGAAAGUGGUGUACCAAUUCAGGACAUUCUGGAGAAUUUACCAGCUGAAUUGGCCGUCUGGGUUGAUCCUGGUGAAGUUAGUUAUCGAAUUGGGGAGACGAGUAUAAUCAAGAUCCUUUAUUCCGAAUCAGCAGAUCUUCACGAUGAGUGCUCGGCUGAUCGCGAGGUCACAAAGACUUUUAAUCCCGAGGCUCAGUGCUUCAGGCCCAUCGAUGCAGUGGGAACAUCACUAAGUGGACUCAGUUUGAGUCCCAAGUCAACAUCACCAUUUCCUACUUCCCUGGCUGGUAGUGGUAGCGUUAGUGGCGGUGGUGGAAGCAGCAGUAGCAGUAACACUAGUAAUGGUUCCAAUAGCAAUAAUCAACAACAGCAAAAUGGACACUCGGGAUCGUCUUCGGCUCCCUCGCCCACUCCUCUAUCUAGUUCCUUCAAGAGUUCACCUAGUCCGGUUCCCAGUUUCAUACCUCGAACCACCGCUCCCUUGACAUUCACCACCGCCACCUUCGCACAGACUAAAUUCGGCAGCACCAAACUCAAAACAAGCAGUAAACGUGCCAACAGGAUGUCACCAACGGAAUUCUCCAACUACAUAAAGCAGCGGGCAAUUCAGCAACAAAUUCACCACCACCAUCAUCAUCCGCAGCAUCCACAAGCGCAAGGUGGCCUACCAACGUCUCAAACAUCACCAAACAGCCGAAGUUUGUCGCCUGGGGUUCAGACUCCUGGUGGUCCACCCGUGGAUCCAAGCGCUUACUUUUUACCACACACACCUUACCAUCCACAAUUUUCACAUCGCAGUCUCUUUGACUCUGGCCACAGUGGUUAUUUGCCUGCUGACAUUUAUACGGGUACUAAAUUUCCAACAUCAUACUUGGAUCCAACCUCGAUCGGUCACCAAUUUUAUGGCACGAUCAACAGCGCCGCUGCUGCUACUGCUGCAUCUCAACAGACUUCUGGAAACUUCACCGCUGGUUCCGCCAAUGUGAUCAGUAGCAGUAGCAGCAGCAGUAGCAGCAGCAGUAACGUAUCUCAACAACAAGCGGAGAAGACUAUCUUGGUCGAAGGUCUGAAUAACUUUGGCCUUGGAUCAGUGACUCCUUAUCCGGCCAAUCAGUAUCAGCAUCUUCUCGUGGCCAACUAAUAGUCCGCAAAACGUUCAGUUGCACGAGGCGGCUCGUUGCACUCGUUUUCGGUAGUCUAAAUCCCUUGACCUUGAGAGAGAAAAUGAGUGAGAGCAUGAAAGAGAAAGAAAGAGUGUGUGAAAAGCUGUUUACUUUCUCCAAGAACUGCGCUACCGUCCAAACUUAUCAGACUCACAUCAACUGAACAAUCCAAGUUUGGCGUCAUUUUAUCUGGAAGGAUGGUCAUUGUUAAUUAUUAUUUUGUCUUGGUAGAAAACAAACUUUGUUCUUUGCCAAGGAAAACCAUCCUGACAAAUGACGUCAACUUGGAUUGCUAAAUCCUGCUAGGAAUGGCUAACCUGCGAUACGCCAUCUGGUGCCAAAAGCAGAACUUCAAACUCAAAUCAAGCAAAAUAAAUUUUUAAAAUAAAAAUUAAAAAAAAAGAGUGGAACAAAAUAUCAAACAUGGGCUGUGGCUUUAUAAUAAGUUAAACUCCAAACUAGGAAAGCAUUAUUGAAAAGGAAAAAGGAUUUUUUACUUUGCUUAAUUUGAGUUUGAAAUUCGCGGACUCUCCAAUUGGACCUACUCUUUCUAGUUUUUGUUUUUGUCACCAGAUGGCGAAAUGGUCGACCGCCAUUCCCAAAUGAAACUAUGUUUUCAAUCAAGGAUUUUUGUGAGCGAUCGAAAAAUGUCGGAACGGUAGCCUAAAUCCCUUUGACUACCUCGAUAUUAGAGACCACACAGAAACACAGACAGACACACCUACACACACAGAGGUCUUCCCUUUAUUCCUAAAUGGCCUCGUUGCGAAUAGCAUACAAUUGUAUAAGAAGAGCAAAUUCGGCAGAUCGAAUUGAUCUCAUUGGUCGACCGUUAAUGAACCGCGCGCGAGCCACGCAUCGUCGAUCUCUGCUUCCAGAGUUGCGACUCAACGAUCUCAGUUUGGAAGAAUUGAACCGAGUGUUACCAAUAAUAUAUAUGUAUCUAUAAUAUAAAUAAACGAAUGUAAAAAAAAUAUAGGCGCAGGCGUCAGGACUCGAGCGCAGGACUUGAGUGCAGGCAUCGCGCGCAAUAGCUAAAGGACGGUUGACGCAAAAGUCGCUACGGAACCGAAAUUAAAAAAAUUGAACGCGCGCGAUGAUUUUGCUAGAAAGUAUGUGUUGAACAUAAUACAUUGGAGUUGAACCAAGUGACAUGGACGUGAAUGAAAAGAAUAUGGCGUUAAUAUGGUUGCUGGUGAAAUCGUAGGCAGGUGCAUGGUACUUAUAAAAAUAUGAGCACAAAAUUGGUGCGCAUUAUAUCUAGACACCAUGCGCAAAGAAGCGGACUCCAAGCGCCAAACGCCGACCUUGGAACAGCUACACAGAUAUUACCAACGCGUAAUAAUUUAUUUUUUCACUGGUAUAGUCGGAGAAAUAACGAUAUAUCUGUAGAGAGCCUACGUAUGAUAAUGCAAAUGCACUUACUUCGGCGAGUUUUCGCAGAACGGUAGAAACUCAGUUGCGCAGUGUGACGCUGAUUCUGACGUCAAGUAGAUUAAUGGACGAAAAAUAUAUUUAAAAAACAAAAAUAACAAAAAGAAAAGACAGGGAAUACGAAGGCUGCGAAUAUAGCCCUUCGCGUUUAACGCUUAGUUUUGUACCGUUCAUAAAACUCGUCUUUGGUACGAUUUUACAUUUUAUUUUUAUAAUAAUGCAGUAGAUGUAGAGGGUGUGUUCGUAGCAACGUAAGUGGCGCUGUUGUACCUUUCCUUUCUUGCGCGCAUAGGCGUACCUCAAGCAAGUUAAAUAUAAUUUUUGUACGAUGAUCGGAAUGUGCAGAUCCGAUAUUAUAAGCCAUAAUGAUACAUUGUAAUUUUUAGAGUACCAUGAUGUAAAGAUUACUUUUUGAAAGCAAUUUACUUUGAUAACUGAGAGAAUGUUCUUUUUUUCUUGAACACACACUUUUCACUUCGCGUACACACAUUUUAUUCUCGCGAAAAGGAACUUUUUAUCUGGCUGAAAUACGAAAAUAAACCAAAAACAAAAGAGUAAGAAAUCUGAUUUCGUUGAAUAAAUAAAUAAGACAUGUUAGAACAAAA